AUGGCGCAGGAGGCUCCGCUACCUCUGGGGAUUAUCCAAGUCCCAGUGACGAAUUUGUACUUUAACCAAGAUAUUGAAGGUCGACAAUAUAGUAAAAUACAAGUGCAACAUCUGGAGACUCUAUUUAAUAGAACGGCAAUUGACCACGAAGAUCACAGGCAUUGGAUCGAUGGCUAUGUGGAUCGAUCAGACGUUGCAUCAAUCCUGGGGGCCUUGGGUGGGCUGACGGCAUUGCAGCAGCACAAUGCCGUCGGCAUGUACCCCUUUCUGGGUGACCAACAAGUCGCGUAUACCCAUGGCCGCCAUCGCGUUGAAGCAUCUAGGAGAAUUGAUGCAGAGUCGUGCUGGACCAUCUUUCUCUCUAGCACAGAUUUGUCGUCGCUUGCUACAAAUCAGAUCGUCCAAAGACGAACGGAACAAUUUCAGCACGAAGCACCCUACACAAAUGGCUACAUCUAUGCCAAGCUUCGCCAAUACCCUGUCGGCAGUCGCGACUAUAACGAAUGGUACAUGAGACUAAGCCCAAACAAGCGUAAAAAUUUCCAGGCCAUCGAUAGUCACCCGGGUGUCUCGGAGGCAUUGACCAGACUCGUGGGCUUUCCUGGCAUCAUCGAUGCCCUCUACCUGGCUAAUGUCUGCAAAUAUUCUGCCUGGGGUCUCUUGAACGAAUUUCAGACGUGUCUUGACCACAUCUAUAAUGAGUGGUCCAACUACACCCGUGGGGAUUGUGUCGCACAGAGGGAUAUCACGCCCGAGACUGUGAGACUCUUGGAAGGACGCGCUCCCAACAUCAACCCGUCUGACCGCGAGUGGGUUCGCGCCGUCUUCCAGACGCGGAUGGUUUUCCCGACGAUAAAGGAUCAAAAACAACGCGAUGAACUACAGAAGAGCAUUUUGGCAAGAUCAGGCGUGAUUCCAAGCCUUCGAUCCUGUCAAGCCAACAUGCUAUACAUGGGAAUUGCUGCUCAGAUUGUCCGGACGCUUCUCAUUCCCAAGGACCUCAAGCUCAAACGAACGGUCAAAGCGGAAGAUGGCGUGGCAACGCUUCGGUCUGUACUUCGAAAGUGCUGGAUUGAGACAGAGCCGUAUGUGGAAGUUCGAGAAGGCGAAUUCCAAGCCGUCCUCGGCGGUCCGAAUUUCGAUCUGGCUUACAACACCGUCAUCAUAGCAGCACUUCGCCAGUUCGCCUACAUGUCGCAAGACAGACCAAAGAUCGAGGCUGGAGAUGCAGCACUUCGACUGUCAACUGACGACAUGCUGUCGUGUGAAGCUUUGUUCCACCGUCGGGCGAAACUCUUGGGUUUCCGCAGCUCUCUUAUUGAACAAGGAGCUAUGAACCCCGCACUUCCAUUUCAACCCGAGAAACUUGCCCUAGAUUUUGAUGAAGAAGCCUUCCUGAGCAGGGCAGAGCGUCGCUGGGGUCGGCCAUCAGCUCGAGUGUUCGCCAUCAUCCAAGAGGUCGCUUUCCUACCUCACCUUCUCGGCACGGAGGCAUGUACAGGAAACCGCACAGCCGUCGUCCUAUUCAGGGAUCUGGUACAGUCAUUUCUAUCUCCUGUUUCGUUCGACAUUGACGUGUCGCGUCCCAGCAUAAAUGUCAACCAUACCGAUCCACAAACCAGGCUACAACUCUUGUACACAAGUCGGCAAGCGUCAGCGCCUACUUCUCCAGAGCGAACGGUCAAUAUGGAUCAUGAUGGCUAUGGGUGCAACGCAGAAAGCAUCGAGAUGGAUAUGGAUACCCCUUUAGCCUCCCCGCAAGCAUUCGUUCGUCGAGACGAAGACGUGGUCAUGAGCGACCUCUCUGAACCGGCCGAGAGCGAGGUAACCGAAGGCUCCCACUUCUGGGAGCAGCUUAUCUUGGAGUACCAGAGCCUCAUCAGCGCCAGCAAUGGAUCAGCUAGUCCGUUUUCUGACGCAUCAACACUUGUAUUGGAUGGUUUGGGUGAGUCGGAAGAUCCUAGGAAAGACCUUACCAUGUGCAACAACUCGUCGGCAAUUUCUCUUCCGUCCUAUUCAAUGGUGGCUGACCAGAGUCGGACUUUGUUCGAUGAUUCGGCGGCCAACUCCCGUGCUGAUGGCUCGACCCUCUGGUCGUCAAGUGGCUCCGAACGGUGCUCGAGACAUGAACCAGCACACGACGGUACACGGCAUCUUGCAGACGUGAGUUGCACAACCAGACAGCGCAUAGCAAAGAAGACGAGAAAGAGAAAUUCACCAAUGUUGCAUGAUCAUCCAGCGGCUAUGCGGCGUAGGGGAGGGACAUUUCCUAGAGCACCCUCGCAAGGCAACGGGGGUACAAGGUAUGGACUUUUACCUACCGCUCCAGCAGAGUCUUAUCAGAUUGCUCACUUGGCUGGCUGUUGCUGUUCCUUGUGCAGCCAGAAUGCUGGCUUGAGUGAGCAAGAUCAACCGUGGCAAAAGAGACCAACAUUGCCCCAACCAGAUAGACUCCCUUCGUCGUCCCAAGAGAACAGUCAUCGUCUCAUUUCUGAUAUCUACAGCACGUCAUCCGAAAGGUCAGUACUCCCAUCACCUUUUGCUCAAAGGGUAUCACGGGAAGAAUCCGAGAUCCAAGAUGCGUCUGGGAUUAUCGCAAGGCCUUCUGGCAAUCGCUUGACUUCAACGAGCUUCUACACUGAACCUCUUCCGAGGUCGACCUUGCCGUCACCGAGAGCCCACCGUACCUCUACCCAUCACCCUAAACCCCUGGCAUACAACUCUCAAGGUCCAGGUGUGGCAUGGGGAGGGUCUACUUCGGUAUCGGCAGACUCACAGCUGUAUAGUGGAGAUUUUUCACAAUCAGGUCAUUCUCACAUUCAUUCAUACUCAAGCAAGUCUUCCCCCAUACUCUCGCAUUUCAAUACCGCUCAGACGCGAUUCCCGCACCAGCAUGGCUCAAGCCCGUUCCGUUCCAACGUUUCGACCCUGAUCUCUGCUAAUGAGAGACGUGGAGUAACGCCCAGUGUAAAAGAGAACAUGGAUGCAGGCCUGCAUGUGGCCCAAGAGGAACAGGAACAGCUGCCUAGAGGGUGGCAGGGCUUCAUCGAUAGCGACGAUACUUUGACGACAAUUAGUCUGAGCUGA